AUGUCGUUCCUCUCGGCGCCCGUCAUAUUUGCCGCCCUGUAUGGCUCAUCCGAUUGUGAGAAUCCCAUGCACUACACGAAGCCUCUACCCGUGGAUGUGUCGAUCUUUGUCAUAACUCUCGGUGAACCGGAUCUUCUUCAAAUGGAAUUCACCCUCGACCUCAUCGCGCUCUCAAGUUGGAGCGCUGACAUAAGAGUCUGUGAAGAUGUUAACAAGACUUCUCGUAUCCACGACAACGUCGGCAACAUUUUGGGCUACUACGAAGAUUUGUGGCUCCCAGGCUUGACUUUCCGUCAGGCCGCAUCCACACGUAUGCCAUCGAAAACCAACCCGCCCUUCGGCGUGGAGCUCCAAGUCUUGCCUGAGGAAGACGUCUGUCGAUUCACCGAAAAGCGAAGGGUCUCUAUCGUCGUGCGAUGUGACAUGGAUCUGCAUUGGUUCCCUCUCGACGUUCAGUAUUGUCCCGUAGAUUUUCACAGCUUCACGUAUCCGGCGCGAUUACUCACUGUCGCAUGGGGAACCAACCUCAACAAAAAUUAUCUGCCGUCAGAUCGGGCUUUCCGAGUCAAUCCUCACAUACAGUCUUUGCAAUAUGACGUCGUCUACACGGCAGAUCGGAACAACAACUUACCGUGGUAUUGGAACUUACUUACACCGGAGGAACCGGAUGACGGAGUGAGAUUCACGGUGAUAUUCCAUCGGCGUUUCACCUACCAGUUCAUCACCACUUACGUCCCAUGUACUGCAGUGACUAUCGCAGCGCUCUCUGCGCUCUUCAUUUCUGUCGAGAUGACCGUGGAACGCAUCAAUCUCGCCGCCAUUACGUUGGUUUCCCUGUACUCUCAAAUAGCCCGGUACAGAGCAUCUCUCCCUUCAACUCCUUUUCUCACCGUCUGUGACGUCUAUUUGUAUGCCAGUCUGAUCUCCGUCGUCUCCACAAUAUUGGUCUGUGCUCUGGUGAAGAGAUUCCACAAGGAAGACCUCAAGCUGGAGAAGUAUCUCCGUGAGAGAACCAUGGCGCGAGCGAAGCACUCGCCACGAAGUUUACGGAGGAGACGAAGGAGGAACAGCUAUCUGAUCGAAGAUCUCAGACGAACUCCAUCGCUAACCGACGCUGACGUUGCGCUCGAAGGGCUCCUCAGCAGAUCCAGCAGCUGUCUGAGCCUAUCUCAGAACCUCCAGAGGAACGAGCGGUUUAACAAACACUGUAGAAGACUCAUGAUAUCCCUGUACAUGAUAUUUCUAGCCGUUUAUUUCAUGUAUAUAUUCGCCUAUGGACCUAAAUAG